CUCUCAGCCAUCUGCUCAAGAGCUAGCAGUCAGCUCUUUACAUCACUCAGCUCAGAGGCUAAUCUCAUACAGCCAGUGUCAGACAGACCCAGCUCAGCAUGUCUCAGAACAGAAUACAAGGAGGGAAGGCUUUUGGUAUCCUGAAAGCACAACAGGAAGACAGGUUAGAUGAGAUUAAUAAGGAGUUUCUGUCAGAUGAAAAGUUCAAUGAUGAGGAUGACUUGGAAGAAAAACUUACAGCAUUUAAAAAAAAGUACAUGGAUUUUGACUUAAAUGAUCAGGAAGAAAUUGACAUGAUGGCUCUAAAGAUGAUGAUGGAGAAACUCGGGGUACCCAAAACCCACUUAGAAGUGAAGAAGAUGAUUGAAGAGGUGACAGGUGGAGCCAAAGCUGCCAUCGGCUACCGGGACUUUCUGCAGAUGAUGCUGGGGAAACAUUCUGCAGUGUUAAAACUCAUCAUGAUGUUUGAAGGAAGAGCCAAUGAAAACUGCCCCAGACCCAUGGGACCUCCUCCGAAAAGAGACAUCAAGAGCCUUCCGUGAAGACGUCUGAUUUAGGGAUAAAUUGGCCACACCAAGCCACUAACCGUGGUGCUGUUACAACAGACUUUUUUUUCCAGAAAAGUGCCUUUGAAGGUGGGAUCUAGGAUGCUCCCCCCUUCCCUCUUUUUCAUCUUUUUACCAAGUGGCCAAAAUAAUUCCUCAGUAACCUUAUAGAACUGCUUUUAUUUAUUAGAGUGUGAAUGGAACGGUGUAUUAUGGUCUAGUGGCUUGAGAACCUUACUCAGUUUUAGCUGGAGCAAAGACACUUCCACUGUUCUGCCUGAUGACCUUAAAUGCCUCUGCAUAUCUAACAAGAACUUGCUUAUCUUGACCAAUCAAAUUAGAUUCUAAGCUGUAUGAAUAAAUUAUUCCAUUAGAUUGUAACAAACAGGGCUAUGUGUAAAUGCAUUCUAGAUCCACAUUUGUGACACAAACAUUAUUUUCUGAUAUUUUUAUGUAUAUUUUGUAAAAGCUGGUAUAUAAUAUGGUAUAGAAUAUGGAGUUGGUACGUUUAAUAAAAAUAAGUUUAUGAAAAAAAUA